GAUAGGUUUGGAGCUGCCUGAGCAAAGAACUCAGCCUCUGAUUAAAGUCAGGUGUUGGGUACCGAUGCCAUCACCAGAUUCAGCAUAAAACUUGGGAUCCCAAGACUUUCCAAACCUUCAGAUAUGCGUUUACUCUGCACAGAAAUGCAAGACACACACAGUCAUAAAACUCUGCCCAAUCACAGCUGGCUAUAAGCACCUCAUGAUGGCAGGAUCACCUUGGCCCCCCUAGGGAGCAGAGCCAUGGGUUGAAGGAUGUGAGCAGGGCUGCAGCAAGAAGCCCAGACUGCCCUGAGGUCUCCGGUUGUCAUGACAUCACUUUUCUCCCUUGCUGUAUCACACAAAAACUCUUCUUUUCUGCUGUUUUUCUAGUUACUGGUCUAACCUACUUGGGAAAUGCCAAACCUGUAAAGACAUCAGGAGCUGGCAGCGCUGUGAACCUGAUCGAACAUGGAGCGCUGGGACUCGCUGGGAUUUUUGAUUGUCACUCUCAACUAUAACGUGACAAUUGUAGGAAAGAUCUGGCUAAUGUUGAUAAUUCUGCUGCGAAUGGCAGUGGUCGUGUUAGCAGGCUAUCCACUCUACCAAGAUGAGCAGGAGCGCUUCAUCUGCAACACCCUGCAACCAGGAUGUUCCAACGUUUGCUAUGACUUGUUCGCUCCCAUAUCUCACUUCAGGUUCUGGCUCAUUCAGACUGUGUCUAUCCUGCUACCUUAUGCUGCAUUCAGCAUUUAUGUUUUGCACAAGGUUGCUACGUACAUUGUAAGAAUGCACUGUUUGGUGUACAGAUGCAGAGGCAAUAAGGAUUCAUCCAGUCACAAAGACCUGAAGAAACUUUGUAGAAGUGCUCUAGUCAAUAGAUUAGACUGUGAUGCAGAGAACCUAAGUGUCCUCAGUUUUUCUGGGGCAUACACUGUUCAUCUCUUUUUUAGGACACUAAUUGAGGCUGCCUUUGCAGCUGCUCAAUAUUACCUUUUUGGAUUUUUUGUUCCUGAGCGCUUUUCCUGCUACCAUUCACCUUGUACAAGUACAGUUGAUUGUUAUAUCUCCCGGCCCACUGAGAAGUCCAUCAUGAUGGUUUUCAUCUGGGGUGUCACCAGUCUGUCCUUUCUGCUCAGCCUUGCUGACCUUGUCUGUGCCCUCCGGAGAAUGACAGCAAGAAACGAAAAGAAUGAUCUGCUGGCAAACCUCCAUGCAGAGGAUGAGGGCACUGUAAAUCUUCCCCUAGGACAGCAUGGCAGCCCAAAAUCCCCACCUCCAAAUCAAGAUUGUCCAGCAUCAAAUGGCAGCCAGACCAGUGAUGGCUCCUGCUCACUUCUCUCUGAAGAGGAAGAGGAGACUAUUAUUCAUCCUGAAGGGGUCUCUCAGCAAACUGCCAGCACUAACCUUAACACCAACAGCAACAAGCCCUGUAUGUCAGGAGCUCUUGAUGUUAAGCAAGAUAAUAUUGAAGAACCAUUGGGUGCUGGUGACCAAGAAGGAACUACAUGCCAGCAGGUGGUACCAGGGCUCCAGCAAGGUUUCAUUAAAGAUACUGCCCUGACUUUGAGACCUCAGAUCAAGUCUCACCUUGGAGUUUCCUCCUCUGUAGUUCAGAGCAAGGUUUUAGGAUACUACACUUCAGCUGAGCUAAAGAAUCCUGAUGCACAAUCAAAUUAUAGUAGUACUAGUUGCUUGAGAUCAAAAAAGUCAGAAUGGGUAUAAAAUUCUGAGAGACCACUACACAAUGAGCCUGGCAGGACACAUCACUGUGACCCUAAGGAAGUUUUGGGUAGUUUCAGCUGGAUCCCUUUGCUGAAGUUAUGUUGCAGAGACAUGCUGCUUUGCUGUGUUUGGCUAACUGAAGGAAAAGAGGCAAAAUGGUGGAUAAGAAUUUGAAGGAUAUUACAUUAAUGGAACCGCUUUUUGGAAAAUGUAACAUAUUUAUCCUUUUCUGGGUGUGACUCUAAAAAGCUGUGGACUGUCACUGAUGUGAUUCACCUGUUUUGCCAGGAGUACAUGUGCAUACUUUUUUGCUCUAACCUAGUUUUAUUGCAAAAGAUUGAACUUAAGGAAGGUGUGACUUUUAAACACAGUUGUACAUUAUCUACUGUCAGAAGGUUAAUUUAUCUCCUCAUAUUAAACUCUCUAAGCCCACUCUAAGAAAGGACAUUCAGGCAAGAGUAGAUGGUGAAAAAUAUAAAUAAAUGUUUUGUAGCAAAGUGUUAAUGUG